UUUCUCAUCAUAAAUAAAAGAAAAAAGAAAAAAGAGGAUAGAAGGGGCAAAGCAGAUCUGAUAUUAUAUAGUACACACACUCAUAUAGUUGCUGUCGUUUCUCUCUCUAACCCCUCUCUCUCUCUCUCUAACUCAUCAUCUUCCUCUCUCUCUCUCUACCAUUCUUUCUCUCUCUAGAGCUCGCUCGCACUCUCUCUCACGCUCGUCGGAGUUUAUCGUAUCCGGCGAUUCGUAUUUGAUGUGGCGAAAGGGGGAGAAGCGGUGUUAAGAGCAAGCCGACCUACCUGAGAGUUAGCCGCCUCGAUAAUAAUAAUAAUAAUUAAAACCCUAGAUCCCAAAUCUUUUUUUUUUUAAUUUUAAUUUUCGGGGUUGAAUCUUUCAAGCUGCUUUAAGGAUCUAAUAAUGGCGGGCGCUCCACCUCCUCCCUCCCAGUCUCAGCCUCUCUCCGCCGAAGAGGAAGCGCUCAAGAGUAGCAUGGAUUGCGUUUACUUUCUUGCUUCGCCUUUAACUUGCAAAAAGGGAAGUGAGUGUGAGUAUCGCCAUAGUGACGUUGCAAGGAUAAACCCAAGGGACUGUUGGUUUUGGGUGCAUGGUAACUGCUUAAACCCAAGAUGUAGUUUCCGACAUCCGCCUUUUGAUGGAUUGCCGGGAACCCAAACAGCAACAUCUGCUGGACCCUCUGUGCCUGUAACGCAUGUGCCUGCAACACAGCCUGCGAUAACACCUACCCCACAUGUUACUCCUCAUGCAUCUGCCAAACAAGGAGUGCCUUGCAUAUUUUUCCAGAAAGGGCACUGUGUAAAAGGUGAUUGGUGUCACUUUCUCCACGUGCCAAAUUCCUUGAAUAACAAAGCCUCAACAGUGGCAGGAACAUCAUCUGCUGCCGAGCCUGCAACUCUGAAGAAAGCUUUUAGUGGAACCGAAAAGCCUGUGCAAGAGAAGAAGGUGGUCCUACCUGCGAGUGUACCUAAACCUGUCAAGGACUCCACACGGGCAAAUCCAAUCGUUGAGGUGGAAGCUCCUCCUAGAAAUGAAUUUGCCGUAAACAGGAGGGCACCACAAACAUCAAGCCAUAAUGAUUUCCCUAGAUACAGAACUACUCCUCCUGUUACCAACGGAACUCCAGUUAGCUGGUCCAAUCGUGUUCAGCCACCUCACCUUUUGGACGGACCUGAAAGCAUGAACAGUAAGGAAGCAGAAGAAGUUUCAAGAGAGCCCUCUCCUGGAUUCGAUGUUCUCGUAGAUGACGAGGGAAGAGAUUCCGAUUACUAUCCUGGUGAAGAUAGAUAUGGAAUGCCGAGAGAACAUGAAUCCAGGAAUGAAUAUGAUAUGGGUCACUCUAUCGAUUACAACGCGAUUGCUGCUCUUGAUGAUGACAGAUAUCAGGACCCUGUUGGUUAUAACUCGCAUGACCACCACAAGGGGCAGUACGGUUGGGAUCCGCGUAGAGCUUCGUCCGAGAGGAUGUCGGGAGGAUCUUAUCACGAAAGGAGGCCACACGCCAGGCGUGAUAAUGUUAGUCAAGUGGAUGAAUUAGAUCUAAGGCACCGUUUAGCAAAGCAGAAGAGACAAAAUGGUUUAAGAUCAGUCAUUAGCCACGAACACGCCCGUGACAUGGAAGUGAGAGACCGGAGCUACCAUGGUUCUUCGCAUAGAGACGAAAAACAUUAUUCCUUGAAUGAGACUUCUCUCAGCAGUCGUCUUCGAGGAAGAAUUAGAAUGCCUGGAAGAUCAAUAUCUCCGAACGAAAGGGAUAUGGUUAGGGGGGGUGACCGUAGUAGAAGGUCACCAGUGAGGGCAAGUAUCUCCCCUUACAAGGCAGGGAUUCGAGACAAGAUACAGUCAAGGGUCGGAGAAGCUUUUAAUAACGGUGGGAGGAAUAAUUAUACAGGCCAGCACAUGAGAAGAGAUUUUGCAGGUGACAAUAAUAAGGCCGAUUUUGCUCCACCAAAGAGUCUUGCUGAGUUAAAGAACAGGAAAAAUGCCGAACCUAGCCGACGGCAUUUGAGCGAUCAACAGUCACUUGGCAAGAGAAAACAUUCUAUUCUUGAUGUCGAGCAUCAACAAAUUGGUGGAGGCGGCGUUUCGUUUGAGGGGCCUAAGCCUCUACAAGAGAUUCGAAGCGAAUUUGAGAAAUGUUGGGCUGGUCCUAUACUGGCUCUGGUAGUAGGAGGAUAUAGGGGGGUUAGAUGCUACAUCGGGUGA